CCAACAACAGAACAACUAACUUACCAACAACAGAACAUCAACUUACCAACAACAGAACAUCAACUUACCAACAACAGAACAACUUAACUGGCCUUGCAGGAGGAGGAAAGAGGAGUGUUUGACAAACAGGACAACCUGUGAGCCUACCUGGCGACCUCUUCACUGAGAUGCGAAGACGGUUCUCGAAGUCGGGGGUCCCGACCCCAAAAACCUCUGAACCCCAGGGAGUGCCUAUCCCGAUGUCUGCUGAACGACCCCAAACUUCCUCUGUAGCCUCCUCGCUCCCCACCCCAAGCCUUGCUGCGGCGCUAGCCCGACGAAGGUUCACCCUGAGCGGGGCAGCUGACAGCCAGAACCAAGGACUGACGGUCUACUGCAGAAUGCCAUUCUCUCAUAGCUUCCUGUCUGACGACCAGUUCCAGUGUUCCAUCUGUCUGGAUAUCUUCAUAAACCCCGCCUCCACUCCAUGUGGACACUCCUUCUGCAUGGCCUGCAUUGGUCGGUACUGGGACGGUGCUAAGCUCUGCCAGUGUCCCCUCUGCAAAGAGACCUUUAAGAAACGCCCGGACCUCCAGAUUAACCGGACCCUCAGGGAGAUCACAGAGCAGUUCAAGUCCAUGUCCGGGGUGUCUCGGUUGGGCAGCGGGAGGUGGAGAGGUGUCCUAGGGGCUGGAGGAGGAGGAGGAGGAGGAGGAGGAGGAGAGGACGCAGACCAUCAGGAUCCCAGCACCAUAGAGAGGGAGUGGAUGGACACUAAGACCCAGCUACAUAUGUCUGAGGCAGAGAUCCAUCAGCUGAUUCUACUGAGACAGAGGAAGAUGGAGGAGAUAAGUUCAUCACUGGCUCAACUACAGCUUUCGGUGGAACGUGAGACAGCAGGCGUGAUGUGUGUGUUCAGUGCGUUGGUGUGUGCGGUUGAGAGGUCGCAGGCGGAGCUCAUGGAGGUGAUUGAGAUUAGUAGGCGGUUGGCAGAGCACCAGGCGGACGACGUGAUUCGUCAGCUGGAACAGGAAGUGAAUGAGCUUAGGAAGAGAAGCCACGCCCUCUCCCAGCUGGCCCAAUCAGACGACUACGUUCAUUGUAUCAAGAGUUACCCUGCACUCUGCACCCCUCCACCAAUCAGAGACUGGUCUGGGGUGUCGGUGAACCCUGACCUGGGUACGGUGCCCAUCUAUACAUCGCUGUCUGUCCUGGUCCAACGUUUCCAGGAAGAGAUCAGCAGGAUGGUUGAAUUUGGCGGACAAGUUCCAAUAGAAUCAUCUCCAAUACCGCAGCCCAAGGUGAAGGGGGUACAGGAGUAUGCAGUGGACGUGACUAUGGACUCAAGCACCGCCCACCCCAGGCUCAUCCUAUCAGAAAACAGGAAAAUGGUCAAAUGUGGGGACCGUCACCAGCCGGUACCUCAUAACCCUGAGAGGUUUGACCGUGUCGUGUGUGUUCUGGGUCGAGAAGGAUUCUCCUCGGGUCAACACUAUUGGGAGGUGGAGGUGGGCGGGAAGACGGACUGGGAUCUGGGCGUGGCCAGCCGCUCCAUCAACAGGAAGGGGAAGAUAACGGUAUCCCCUAGCAACGGCUACUGGUUCCUCAGCCUCAGAGAUGAACACAACUAUGCGUUCCGGACAGAUCCCUCCACUGAGCUGCCUCUCAACCUCAGACCACAGAAGAUCGGGGUGUAUGUGGAUUAUGAGAAAGGGCAGGUAUCGUUCUAUAACGUGGACGCUAAGCUCCACAUCUACACCUUCAUGGCCUCCUUCUGCGAGUCUGUGUUCCCGUUCUUCAGUCCCUGCACCAACAAGUCAGGCAAGAACGACGGAGCCCUCGUCAUCACACCAGUACUGCUCAUGGACACCCAUCCACUACAGCCCGAUGAUUGUGAUGAAGUGAACAUCUGAGGCCCCGACUCUGACCCCCUAAUAGAGAAAUGUGCUUUGGGCUACAGAUCAGGGGGAACAAUUGUUUUUGACUAUCUUUUUGUUGCCUGAUUUAGAUAUGUUUCUGUUUAUAAUUUCCGACAUUAGAUACAUGAAGCUUAUCUUCUGUACCUAUGUUUCCCCUAGAAGACUAAAUCAAUCGUUGCUCACCAGAAUAAAUGUCAUAAAUCGAUUAGAAUGAAUGAUUAAGAUUUCAGUUUGUCUUGGAUCCAUAUUUUAUGUGGUUGAAAUACUAUCCGCUUUUUUAUGGCGCUAAUUAAGCAUCUCUAUAGAAGGUAUCUAACUAAACUCUCAAGAUGCUGAAAUAAAUAAAUCAUAUUUCUCCA